CUGGAAGAUAUGUUGCAUACGCAACAGCUGGAAGAUAUGUGGUAUACACAACAGCUGGAAGAUUUGUGGUAUACACAACAGCUGGAAGAUUUGUGGUAUACACAACAGCUGGAAGAUUUGUGGUUUACGAAACAGCUGGAAGAUGUGUGGUAUACACAAAAGCUGGAAGAUUUGUGGUAUACACAACAGCUGGAAGAUUUGUGGUUCAUGAAACAGCUGGAAGAUGUGUGGUAUACACAACAGCUGGAGGAUGUGUGGUAUAGAAAACAUCUGGAAGAUGUGUGGUAUACGCAACAACUGGAAGAUUUGUGGUAUACACAACAGCUGGAAGAAUUGUGGUAUACAAAAAAGCUGGAAGAUUUGUGGUAUACACAAUUGCUGGAAGAUAUGUUGCAUACGCAACAGCUGGAAGAUAUGUGGUAUACACAGCAGCUGGAAGAUGUGUGGUAUACACAACAGCUGGAAGAUAUGUGGUAACACAACAGCUGGAAGAUGUGUGGUUUACACAACAGCUGGAAGAUUUGUGGUAUACACAAUAGCUGGAACAUAUGUGGUAUACACAGCAGCUGGAAGAUGUGUGGUAUACACAACAGCUGGAAGAUGUGUGGUAUACACAACAGCUGUAAGAUGUGUGGUAUACACAACAGCUGGAUGAUUUUUGGUUUACACAACAGCUGGAAGAUGUGUGAUAUACACAACAGCUGAAAGAUGUGUGGUAUACACAACAGCUAGAAGAUUUGUGGUAUACACAACAGCUGGAAGAUUUGUGGUAUACAUAACAGCUGGAAGAGAUGAGGAACCUAAAUGCUAGAAGACUUGUGGUAUACACAACAGCUGGAAGAUAUGUGGUAUAAACAACAGCUGGAAGAUGUGUGGUAUACACAACAGCUGGAAGAUUUGUGGUAUACACAACAGCUAGAAGAUUUAGUAGCUGGAAGAUAUCUUUACACCGAAGUGUGAAAUAAAGUUUGAUUACAAGAAGAACCUGUGUAACCAGCUGGAAUUGUGAUUAGAAACUGUUGGAUUUAUGAUUACUCUCGGCUGGUAGAUUUUACCCACAUUUUCAAGUUUUGUGACUUAUUUAGUUGCGCAACGGACGCGCUGCAUUCACGUUUAUAAUCGUCAGAGCAACUGCACGCUCGACUUAUUAGGGGCCCUUAGAGAAAUGUAGUUCUUGCUCGGGGGUCCUAAUGCAUGUUUGGACUAUUUUUAACCCCCGGAGCGGGUUUUUUGCCAACUUCAAGCACUUUUUACCCAUUUAUUCUACUCACAUGGGUGGUGGGGCGACAUGUCGGGUUGAUUUAUUCACCUAGAAUCCGUUUCUUUUUUCAUCAAAAAGUAACGCGAUAACCUCCUAACUAUAUUCACUAACACCUUGUAGACAGCUUCUUAUAAGCUGGAGAAGAGAAAAAAAAUAAAAAAUAAAAACUUGUUUUUCAAGUAGCAACAUUUUCGAUAUUCUGGUUCUAAAAUAUUCAAUAGUAAAUUCGGACUUUUUUCAGAUAAAAUGGCUUGAAGUUGGGAUAUCUCAAGAUGGCGGUUGUUGAUGAAGACAUUGAUUGGCAGCUUAUUAAGAACUUAGUGUUUGGGGAAGGAAUUACAGAAAAUGUUUUUGAGCGCUGGCUUCAGCCUUUUCAGUUCUUUAAGAAUGAGCCAACUGCCCUGGUUCAGCAUGCCGGGGGCCCAUGUGCUGUGUUGGCCCCCCUCCAGGCCUUCAUCAUCAAACUCUGCCUUGAAGAGAAAAUUCAAAAUCUACAAACACUUUCGGAACAAACGGCUCGGAUGCUUUUACGGCGAGCAAUCUGUGAUAUCCUGAGUAUUUGCAGACCUCCAAAUAGGGUAAUUACGUUAGCAACUGUAUCUAAAGAAGUGGCCUCAGUCUGGCAGGAAAGUUUAGAGGUCUACCCCUCCAGUAAACGAAUGAAAUGUGAAAAUGUCGAUGUCGACACGCUCCAUACAUGUCUAACCCUAGAGACAUUCCAGACAGUUAGGAACCUUAACAAAUUCAUAGAGGAUAAUCAGAUAUUUGGCAGCAAAUACGACAUUGUGUGUUUCCUUUAUUCGGUUAUAUUGACCCGGGGACCAACUAGGAUAAUUAACGAGAGGCAAGAUAUGGAUGAAAGUUUAAUAGAUCCUGUACAUGGUCAUGGAAGUCAAUCCUUAAUUAAUCUUCUCAUCACUGGCUCAGCUACACAGAAUGUAUUUGAUGGCACAAGAGACCUAUGUGGAAUGGAUUUGACGGGAAUCACAGAACAAUCACAAAUUGGAUUUUUAUCUUUUCUCGAGUGCCUCAGGUAUUUAGAAGUUGGAGAGAACCUAAAAAGUCCCAAGUUCCCAGUUUGGCUUCUGGGCUCGGAAACUCAUAUUACUGUACUUUACUCAAGAGACCUGUGGCUAGUUCAACCUCCUUCACCCCGUGAGAAAGCUAUUCGUAUCUUUAAGGAGUUAGAUAAAGAUGGGAGUGGGUUUAUUCCAACAUCUCAACUCCAAGAACUACUCACCAACCUGAAUCUGUUUGCAGAAGAGGAGUAUGUCGCAAUUAUGAAGGAUAGGGUGGAUCCAGAUGGGUUGGGUUUGGUACUGAUGCCUUUAUUUCUUGAAGAGUUCUUUCCAGAGUUUCAGGGUGGAGCCCCUGACUCCUUUACUCUGUACCACUACAACGGUUUAUCUAAAACUGGAAGUGGGGAAUAUAUUAAAGGUGAGGCUGUGUUACUAGAGGGUAUGUCAGGAAGAGCUGACAAUAAUCCAAUGCUGCAAACUAUUCAAACAAAGUGGCCGAGUAUAGCUGUGGACUGGGAGAGACCGCCAUCAAUAAACUAGUCAAAAACUGUCCCGUUCUGUAAAUAUGUACAGUACAUCAGCCAAUUGAUUUCUCUGUACUAUGUACGGAUCCCAGCACUGUACAAUAUUCAGAGUAUAGCCUUGUUGAUAAUUGUAAAAACUUGUCCCUCCCCCCCCGCAACUUUUUCUUUAUUUUUCUUAGCCAUUUUUAGCCACUUUUUUAGCCAUUUUUUCAGCACACUUAUUAAUGCUUUAAGUAUCUAUUCUCAAUCAUGCAUUUAUAAUUUUAACUUAAGAUCUCACUUCAUUUAGACCUUCUUCAUAUAUUUCACGUACGCUAUAAUUACUUUAUAUAUCAAAGAUGUAGAUAUAAAAUGUUAAUUAAUUAUUUUUUUAAUUUUGUUGAAAUUAAUAAAAGUUAGUAAAUGAU